AUCGUGUUGACUUUGCCAGGGAGCCACCUCAAAGCAUAUCAGGUUACUUUGAGUGACAGCGUAACCAUGGCAAAUAAUUUGACGAAGGCUAUUGUCUUAUCCUCGCCAUCCCCGGGUCAGAUAACCGACCAAUCAGAUUUCAUAUAAUCGCUUGUCUUGCCAGCUUAGAAUAAUAUUAUUAAAACGAGCCAGCGAGCCCGGUCUCCGGGAGUAGGUUAUGUUGAAACGGCAUAGAAAAGGUGGAGGAGGACGGUGGAAGGAGUAGCAACUUUCUCUCUUUCUCACCAACUAUCUGAGGAUUUGUCGCCUGGGGUUUUGCACGGCUGAAUGGACUUGAGUUUAUGCCACCAUACGCAGUUGGAUAUUACUACCUAACCUUGGGCUGUUUUAAGUUUUAGGUUGCUCUUUUGGGGACCUUUUGUCGCUUAUGGACUUAAUGCGUUUUGAUUUAAUGUGAGACUGAGAGGGGAGACGUGGAAGUAAGGCACAAUAUAAUCUGUAUUGGUUUACGUUGUCGCCAUGUCCAUGCUUCCGACGUUUGGUUUUACGCAGGAGCAAGUUGCGUGUGUUUGCGAAGUUCUCCAACAAGGGGGGAACAUCGAGCGGCUCGGGCGCUUCCUCUGGUCCCUCCCGGCGUGUGAGCACCUCCACAAAAAUGAGAGCGUCCUCAAAGCAAAAGCCGUGGUCGCUUUCCACCGGGGGAACUUCCGAGAGCUCUACAAAAUCCUCGAGAGCCACCAGUUUUCUCCGCACAACCACCCGAAGCUGCAGCAGCUGUGGCUCAAAGCGCACUACAUCGAGGCGGAGAAGCUGAGAGGCCGUCCGCUCGGCGCCGUGGGGAAGUACCGCGUCCGGAGAAAGUUCCCCCUGCCUCGCUCCAUCUGGGACGGAGAAGAGACAAGCUACUGCUUCAAGGAGAAGAGCAGGAGCGUCCUGCGGGAGUGGUACACCCACAAUCCUUACCCAUCCCCGCGGGAGAAAAGAGAGCUGGCUGAGGGCACGGGACUCACCACCACGCAGGUCAGCAACUGGUUCAAAAACCGACGGCAGCGAGACCGAGCAGCGGAGGCGAAGGAAAGGGAAAACAACGAGAACUCCAACAGCAAUAGUCACAACCCAUUGAGUUCUUCCAUGAAUGGAAAUAAAUCUCUCCUGGGGAGCUCGGACGACGAUAAAACACCCAUGGGGACCCCGGAUCACACGUCCCACAGCCCGGCUCUGCUCCUCGGCUCCGGUUUACAGUCCCUGCACGGCCUUGCGCCCCCGCCUGGACCCAGCGCCAUCCCGGUACCCAGCGGUGUAGACUCGCUGCACCAUCACCACUCAAUGCACCACGACUCCAUACUGAACCCUAUGUCUUCUAAUCUAGUGGACCUUGGCUCUUAAAAAAACUGGCACAGAAGGGGGACAAAGAGCAACCAUUUUUUGGAAAAGUUAUGUACGAGUUGGAGUGAGGCAAACUUCGAGCACUUGUGGCAAAGUGCAAAGCAGACGGACUGGAACACUGCGAAAAAACAGCCACUGCAACAAAUCAUUUAUCCCAUAUUCAAACUUUUAAACAAGUGGGAAAAUCUGCCUGAGGGUGCACCUAUCUCUAAAACAAAGUUCCACUUGUUUUGUUUUUUUUAGAAACAAGUGUUAAGGCGGAGACAAUUCGGAAAUGUGCUUAAUGCAGGUACAAUUAUUUUCUCUUAAAUUCGUUUAAGGGAAAUGUAAUUCUAAAGAUAAAUAGAGAUGAUGACUUGUUAAACGGAUCAUGUUUGCAGUGCUGGUGCAGACAAAAGGUGAGGUGGUUCUAGGUCGUUUUAGGUAAAAAAGAAAAAAAUAGAAAAAAGUAUUUUACCGGAAUGUACGUAACAUGCUAUAUUGUUGAAAACAAUAACAAUAAAAUGUCUUAAUUCUUGUUACUAUUACCGUUGUUAUUUUAGGGGUUUAGAUUUAUCAGCAGACUCUGAAGGCACCGAGUUAAAGGUAUACCCCAUCGCCUUUUUGUUUACACGGGGUUUUCCAAGAGAAAGGGGUGGGGGGGUUGACGGGGUAUAAUAUUCUCAAGUGUCUUAUAUAAGAGCCGUGAUAAGAGGAAAUAUCCUACCUAUAUCUCUUGAUAUUAUUACUAUCAUUUGCAUUUUCAUUUGGAAAGAGACUGCAUGUAAACUUUGCGAUAAAUGAUGAAACAUAAAACGAUUCACCUAUAGUUUCAUACCCUUUACAAUAAAAGAAAAAGAAAUACAUGGAUUAAAACUCGAGGAUUUCUUUGAUUCAGAAUGACUCCUGGCAUGUUUGCAGAGGUUUCUCUCUUUUGUUUUCAAUGUUCAAACCAUUCAAGCUGGGUGAAAUUUUAGGAAUAUUUAAACAAAAAUAUUCCCACGCUGCAGGCAAAUAUCAAUCUUUACUCAGUCAUAUGGUUUGUGGAAUGUGUGUGUUUUAUUUUUUAUAAUUGCUUUGCAUUGGUUAUUGAGGAUGUUCUAAUGUUUAGGUUACAUUCAGUUUUCACGAAUCUCACUUGGUUACAAAACUGGCAUUGUUUGGUUCUAAGCAAGUCCAUGCUUCCCUAUGUCCUCUCCUCUGGCCUUUUGAAGGCACUGAUCUACCAGUGAAUGUUAGGGGGAAAGUCAAAUUAGAGAGCAGUACAGUACCUAAAAAUCAAGAGCUCUUAGCCUCUGUGCUUUAAGAAACUGCAUAUUGUCCUCUACUGUAUGUGUGGGCAGUAUGCAGGUUUGCACGGGUCGAUAUUCUGGGAUUAUCUACCAUUUUAUCAUAAAUGCUGCGCAGGAAGUUUUUUCUCCCCAUUUCAAGACAUUUUAAAGCUUGUGCCCUCGGCUUCUGCAGGUAAAAUCGGUUCUAAACUUGCAGUAUGGCCUUUUGUAUGG